UUUAUGUAGACUUCUGUAGCUGUAGAUUCUUUUGCUAUAAGUGUUUUUGACUAUUGAAAGAAGAAAAUUAAGAGUAUUUAGAAUAAAUAAAAAAACAGAUUAAAAAUAAAUAAAUGAUUGUUACUAAAAAAACAUUGAUAUGUUAAAAAGUUUUAUAAAAUAUUUAGCCGAAAAAUGAUAGCAGCUAACCGCAAUUUAUUUUUAUGAAAUUAUAUGGCUAUAUAUGUAUAUGUCGUCAUAUAUAUAUUAGUAAUUACCGUUUUUUUUUUUUUAAUUUUCAUUUUCAGCGCAAAUUUUUUUCUCGCUUUCCUCGUAUCAUAUUUCUCCACAAAUGCAACAACAAAGAAUAAAAACAAUUGCUCUAUUUACUUUGCCAUUUCAUUCUCUUUUGUAUCACUUGUUUAGCAUUUCUGUUUUUCUUCUUAAUUCUCAUAGAAAUAUAUUACCGCCUUUGCUUUUGGCAUAGAACGAAUGUGCCUGCGGCCUAUUCUUGUUUUUGUUUACUUCGGUACUUGCGAAAGUGAUGUGCAUAAUAAUAACAAUCGGAACAAGGACGUAAAUAAUGAAAAAUCAAUAAACGGACACGGCAAAAAGCAACAGCAGCAUCAAUCGCAGCGGAAGAAACAAUGGCAAAAUGUCCUUUCACCCACACGCAUCCAUAUUUAGUGUACAUGCAUAUGAAACAAACACACAUGUAAAUAUUUGGCAAGUGCAAGUGGACUAUUCCUUCACUUUAGUUCCUGCGACAGUUGUCAUGCAGCUAAUUUAUAUAUUUUAACAGAUAUAAGAAGAUAGAAGAUGGGCGUGUUAAAUAUAUAAAAUAAAUAAGCGAUGGAUGCAAAUGUAUUUAAUAAGUAAUAUAAAAUAAUGGUGGAUCGAUAAAUAAUGAAUAAAAUGUGUGGAAAAUAUUAUAUAUAUAUAUAGGUAUAUAUUUGAAAAAAUGUUAUUAUAAAAUAUAGAACAGAGUGCUUAAAAGUUUUGUAUUUCCUUAUAUAUUUGUAAAGACCCAUUUUCAAAAAAAAAAUAAUUUGCUCGUAAGACCCUAAGAACUGUGCUUUAAGCGUAUCCUUCAUUUAAACGAUUAUGGUUAGUAAAAGUGCAGUAAGCGGCGAGGAACGCCCAGUUUUUAUUCCACCUCGAAAACGACAGACAUCAAAAAAAGUGAAUGGCGCACAAAACUACGUGGACCACAUAGUUAAUGUUCAGAAUCGACAAAAAUUAUCUCCAUCUAAUCCGGCACUUGACGAAGACUUACUCAAAACAUCAUUGAUAUUGAAAAACAAACAACCACUUCCACAAAUACCAGGAGCACAAUGCAAUGGAGAUACGGCCGACGACCAGUUAACACACAAGUCUUCACAGUCUGUGGAUAAUAUUUAUGAAGAUGAUAAUGAAUUACAGAACUUCGAAAGCGUUUCACAGGGCACAAAAUCAACGAAUCGCCAUGAAAGCACCACAGUUACGCCGAGCAGUUAUUCAGAGAGUAGUUUGGAUGCGAAAUCACACGAUUGCCUUAGUAAUCGCUCUUCAUCGAAGAAACGUGUAAAUAUACGCACCGAUCCAUCGCAUAUACGUAGUCAGCGUGAAUCGCCGGAAAUUGUCAACUAUGAAGAUCUGGAAUCAGGUGAAACCAGUGUUUUGAAUGUCGAUAUGCAUAGUUUGGAGCGGUAUAAUACGAGAAGGUCAAUGGAUAGUAACUAUCUGACUAUCACAGGUACAAUUAAACGUGGUCGCAAAAAAGGUCAAAGCGUCGAUUUGCAAAUUAAUAUCAGUCGUGAAGAAUUGGAACAGAUCAAUGCAGUUGCGGCAGCUACACAAGUGAAUAAGAAGCAAAACUUAUGUUGCACCUGCACACCGAAAACCGGUUUACAUAUCUUAGUUUUAUCUUUAAUAUGUCUUCCAUUCAUUACUAUAAUCUCAAGCAUUUAUUCAUUUUAUAUUGGCACACUAACCUGGUAUAAUAUGUUUAAUUACUUCAAUGAGGAGAAAUCGUGUAUAUAUAAAUUCUUUAUGUCACCUAUAUUAAUACUCGCCUAUCCCGUCGGCAUACUUGUUUGCACCGUGGGUCUGGGCAUCUAUUCGGGCAUUGCACAAUUGAGUCUACAGCUUAACAGUUGGUUAAAUGAGAUAGCCGAUAUUGAGAAGGGCUUCUAUGGUUGGCUAUGCUCAUUUCUACAUCUCUCCGAUUGUAGUCCAUACGAGGUCGUCAUACUAAUGGAUAUACAACCGACACACGAUGUGCCACGUGUACAUGUAAAUACCUCCACGGAAGAGCUAUCGCUGUAAGUGCCCGAAGAUUGCAAAAAACGAAUAUGCUACAUAAAUAUUUAUAUAUGAAAAUAUGCAUGUAUUUACAACUCAAUAGUGAACACAAACCGUCGAAAGGAUAGUGAUAUAAGAUACUGAAUUAAUGCAGAAGCAAGAGUAUUUUAAUUUCUUUGGCUAGUCAGUGUACGAAGUGGCGAUCUUGCAUUUUACUCGUAUCAGGUGAUAAUAAGAAAAACGUAAUAUUUCCGAAAUAUACUAAGAAUAUGUAUAAAAAAAGAUUUAAUAAGCUACAUAUAUGCUUCAUAUAAUUUGCUUAAUAUUAUACAAACUAAUUUAAUUUAGACAUAGGAUUUAAAAAAUACAAAAUUUACAAAAUAAAAAAACAAGAAAAACGUUAACUUCGGUUGCACUGAAGCUAUCAUAUCCUUAAUAGGUGCAUUUUUUAUAGCAUAAGGGAGUCAGUUUGUAUAACAGCUAUAUGUUAUAGUGGUCCGAUCUGAACAAUUUCUUUAAAGAUUGCGUGAUUGCUUAGAUUACAAUCCAUGCUAAGUUUCUUGAAGAUAUCUCGUCAAAUGACAAAGCUUUCCAUACAAGCACUUGAUUCCGAUCGUUCAGUUUAUAUGGCAACUAUAUGCUAUAGUGUUCCGAUAUCGGCGCUUCAGACAGAUGAGUAGUGUCUUUGUGAGAAAAGGAUGUGUGCACAAUUACUGGUCGAUAUCUCAAAAACUAAGAGACUAGUUUACUUAUAUACAGACAGGCAGACGGACAUAAUAUAGCUAAAUCGACUCCGCUCGUCGUGCUGAUUAAUUAUAUAUAUACCUUAUAUGGCCUGUGACGCCUCCUUCUGAGUGUUACAAACUUCGUGACAAACUUAAUAUACCCUGUUUAGGGUAUUAGAAUACUCAAAAUACUCAUGUUAAAGAAAGUAAACGAGAACGGAUAAGGAAGAACUUAAUUUGGGCAUCUACGACUAUAAUACAACAAACUAUAUUUUAGUUACAGAAAGUGUGGAGACCAGAUUUUUUUUUUAUUUCUUUAACUUUAAAGUGUAUUUAUUAUGCCAUUAACACAGACGUAGUUAACUUUUCUAUAAUAUUUUCUAAUUCCUAUAUAUUUAAAUGUAGACAUUUAGGUUAGGUUGGAUCAAAAAUGUCACCGAAGCGACUCACAUUUCUCCAUAAAAUGGAAAUCAAUGUAUUGUACAGUGCUUGUUAUGAAAGCCAUAAGUAGCUAAUCAUAAGACGAUAAGAAGUAGCGAUUCUGACCUCUGUAAUUCUCUUCUUUUCGAAUACGCGUUGGAUGAUGUCCAAUGCCAUAGUGAUCCGUCAAGUAUUUCAACGUCGUUCUGGUCGGAAAAAGUGAGUCAGUAGAGAAAGAAAGCAUUGCACCGUAGUGACGUCGCGAACUGAAAUCGAUAAGACUUGUUUAAAUUUAUACGGUUGUUUUUACUUGCUGCUUCACUGCUAGGAUACUAACACCCUCCCCCUGCUUAAUACACUGUGACCUUAUUCACUAACUGGACGAAGGAGUACAGACUAGACUUUAAAAUUUUUGUCGACGAAGCCAACAUACCGACAGUAAACAAUCCCAACAUUUUGGGUAGAACGUUCGACAGUUUGAGUUCCUUUACUCCGCACAUGACCGCGGUUGUAUAAAGCAAAGUAUAAAGUCACAACACAAAGCGAGGUGUUUGGCAACUUACAAGGCAAUCGGCCAGUCAGCAAUAACAACUCGUUUUCUGGAGCACCCGUCAGAUGAUUUCGAUGACAAACGAUGUUUAGACUCACCGUUACAAUAACAGCAGAUAGUCUUAUAGUCGAUAAUCUAAAGUCAUAUUCAGAAGUGGUUAAGACAUCGAGUCUAUUUCGUUUUGCAAGCGCCGCAAAUUUGAAAUGCUAUAGCUUGGUUAUACUCAUAUGUAUGUUUUUUUAAUAAUUCUUUUUAGAAUCUUAGAAAAUAAAGCUAUAUAAAUAUUUAGUACAAGUAGAACAUUCGGCUAUGAAACCGAAUUAUUUUUUGAUAUCUUACCUUGUGUUCUUUUGCAACUACUAAAUUGCUACACAAAUACCAUGUAGCUUUGCUUAAAUGACGGAUUUAUUUAUUUGGAUUUAUGAUUAAUUGAUUGUGCAAUAUUAAGUUGCAAUAUAAAGAUGCUAAUACGAUUUCGAUAUAUAUCGAAAAUUUCAAGAAAUUAAGGAGUGGAAAAAUAUAAAAAAAAUAUAUUCAACUAAUUAAGUGAAAGAUUACCAGCAACUUAAUGAACUUAAAGUGCAUUUUAGACAUAUUCCUUUUUUCAAGUAGUGCAGAUAUAUGUAUAUAUUCGUAAUAGUAUUAUAUUUAAUUGCAAUAAAAAAACAUAUAUUUGUAUAUACACAUACACAAGCGAGCAAAAGCUUACUACUUAUUUUACGCAAAACAAUUUUAGUCAUUGCAACUUACAUAUAGAUUUAAGUGUAAUUAAGAUAAUUUGAAUGCGAAUACAAAUUAAGUACUGCAAACUACAUAAUUAUGUGAUAAAAAAAAAAUGAAUUACUAUUUUCUGCUUUGAAAAAAUUAUACAAUUGCAAAUUUAUAUGAAAAUCGUUUAAAAACCCCGACGACUGUACUGCAUUUAUUGUUCGUGAAAUUGAUGAUUACUAAAGUACUUAUUGCAAUAAUUUCAAGUAUCAGUAAUUGUGCAAUGACAUUUAAUAAUAAUCAGCAUGAAAUGUGCGAGUUUUCAUUUUAAAUUAGUAGUUUUUUUACUAAACUAUAGUUCAUGCAUUUUUAACAACUUAAAAUUAACCAAUUAAAUGUUCGACUUACAAUCGAUAUGUAUGCCAAAAAUAAGAUAAUUCUAUUAAAAAGCAAUAUCAAUAAAUCUUACUGAAAUUAUUGAUUUUA